CGUAACCCUAUGUUUUUUUUACGUAAAAAACAAGCAAACAAAUCCCAUUCGUUGUUUUUACUUAACCCCAGAAACGCGGUUCCAUCAAUACAAUUAUUGCAACAUGUUAGUAAAUACCAGUUCGUAAAUAUUUAAAAUAACAAACAAUAAUCGUGUGUUAAAAUUCAUUGAUGGCAUUGUUGCGACCAUGUGGAAAAUUAAUACAAAGUUUAUCUCAUACUUCCGUAGUGCAUCGAGCGCAAUGUAUCCAAAGAUUCAUUUUAAAUUCAAAAGAAGAAGAAGCUCUGAUACUCUGUAUUGUUCACAGCAGAAACAAAAGAGUAAAUUAUAGAAGUAAACAAUCGAGUACAAGGUUUGUUUCACACUAUAGUAUUACUAAAAAUAUGAACGCAAAUGACAACAAUUCGUCACUAAUUAAUUUAUUAAAUCGCAUUGAGGUUCUCAGUAACGAAUUCAAAAAUUCAAAACUAGACUACGAUUAUUUGCAUGAUACAAUUAAAUUAUACGCAGAAUUAAACGAAAAUAUUGACAGUUCUAUAGACAUUUUUCUUCUCAAUUGUUGCGGUGAAGUUUUGCCGGAUGUAAGACACGAAGUCCGCCAAAAAUUAACUUCAAAAUUUUUGAAUAUUUUAGAAAAUAAGAAUCGCAUAACUUCACUUAAUUACUAUCAUACUUUAAUAAACGUCUAUGAACAAAACCAUGAAAAAAUAAAUUACAGAGAAUUCAUUAAAAAUAUGAAAGUCCAAGCCAAUGAAAAUAUUUAUUUAGAUCUACUUCAGGUUGCCGCCAAAACCGGCGACUCGGGAUCUACGGAUUACGUCCUGUCAGAAUUAAAAAAAUUUGAUAAUUUCAAAAAUUUAGAUUCCGUACUCGGACUUUCUAAAGAUCAGCCCGUAAAAAAUGACAGAUUAGAUGCCGUCAUACUAAAAAAUGCCGAUUUAUUUAAACUCCAGUCGCUAAAUGAAGUCUACGGUAAUUUAGCCUGCGGUUACGCACUUCAAGGAGACAUGGAAAAUGUCUGCAAAAUAUUAGACGGUCAUUCUCUCAACCAUAAGCAAUUACUGACGGUGUUAAAAAAUUUGUGCCUAUCAGAUAAAAAUCAUGACAUUGAACAAAUAUUCAAAUAUAUUCCGAUAAAAGAAAUCGCAACGAACCGAUUGUUUGUCAAUAUGAUUUCCGAACUCGUACAUUUGAAUAAAAUCACCGAGGCCUUAACAGUAAUCGACUUUUUCGUCGUCAAUAAUUCGACUAAAAACUCGCUAUUUAUUAUGAAAAAUUUCUUACAAGCUUUGAUUCGCGCCGACACUCCGGAGCCGCGAAUUUUAAAUAUUUCUGAUAAAUUGAGUAGAAUUUUUCCACUGGAAACUAUAAAAUAUAUUUUACUAGAAGAAAGUUUACGCUGUGGAAACUCAGAACUUGCGCUUUCGCUGUUGGAAAGUAUGGAAAAAAAUAUCGAAAUACGCCCGCAUUAUUAUUGGCCGAUACUGAUACAAGCUUUCAAAAGAAAAGGAGAGCUAGGGGUCCUUGGUGUCAUUGAUCACAUGAGACAGCUGCAAGUGCGAUUCGACUACGAUACUUUACUACAUUACAUAUUUCCUCAUAUAAAUACACUAGAUCCUCUGAUUCCAUUACAAAAACUAUUGAGCCGCGGGCUGAAAUUACAUGAGAUUUUAAUUCCACUAGUGAGUUUUUUACUAGAAAACGGAAGAAUAAAUGCCGCGUAUUUUUUACUUUCGAAGACAAAGAAAAAGUUGAAGUUCGAUAAAAUUUUACCCUCGCUUAUCAAAGCACUUAAGUAUCAAAAAAACGCCCAUGGGUGCGCGAAACUUCUAGUAUUUUCUUCUCCUAUGAAAGAUUAUCCUGGACACUUUUUAUUGCGGAUACUCGAUGAUAAAUUUUCUUUGCAUAACGAUCAUAUUAUAAAAGACCUCAUAAGUUCUUAUAAGAAGCACAAUAUCUUUGUUUCAAAUGAAGUACGAGAACUGAUACUGGAAAGAUGUACAGCGCAGAAAAAUAAGUCCGAUGUAGUGAAUUUACUAGAACAGUCUGAUAUUGUAAACAAAAAUUUAUCAGUUAGCAACUACAGCUCAAAGAAUCCGGAUCAUGUAGAUGACGAAGAUGAUUUGAAGUGUCAUUUGAUUGAACUGAAGUCGAAAGGACUUUGUUUCGAUUUUGUAUUACGGAAACUAUUCAUGAUCGCGUGCGAUUGCGAUGAUAGUAAACAGGUGGAAUUAAUUGGAAGCGAAUGUAAAAAACGUAAUGUGGAAUUGACAGCUUCUAUGAAAGCGAGCCUCAUUGGAUUCCUAGCUCGUAAUGGAAAAAUAGAAGAAUUGUGUUCUCUUUUGCUGAACUUACGAACGGAUCAUCCGAAGUUUAUUUUGAGUCCGAUAAAAACUUUGCAGGCAGCAGUGGCAUUUGUUAGUAAUGACAAAAUAGAAUUGGCCUGGGAGUUAAUAAACAACAGCGAAGUAUCUAAAAGUCAAACGCAACAGGAAUCUUGGAAGUUAUUGAACUCAAUUGCUUGUAGUAAACACUCGAAGUUAACGAACUUGAUGCUGAAUACUUUGAUAACUAAAAAUUUUUGCAAAAUUGAAAGCAGGAUAUUGGAACCUCUGAUAACCCAACAUCUUAUGAGAAAUGAUUUAUCAUCGGCUAUUAGAUCUUUUAAAUUUGUAGCGAAUCGCUAUCAGUUUGUGCCACUGCAUCAAAAAUUAGUGUAUAGUAUAAUUAAAUCAAUUAGGGAUGGUGGUAAUGAAUCUAAUAGAUCAUUGCUUAAAAGUGUUCUCGAUGUAAUUUGUAAUGUUGCCGGACAGAGCGUAGUUGAUAAGGACUUAAUAGUUGCAUAUGCGAGGUGUAAUAUGUUGGAUAAAUUGAAAACAGCUAUAAUGAAUUUACGGUUAAAUCGAAUAUUGUUUGACCGAUAUUUAAUUGAUUUAUCUGAUGGAGAAAAGUCAAUUGUUCUGAUGAAAAUUUUAGAAGUGAGUAGUGAAGUUGACUGGAUUGACUGCCAACCAAUAUGUGAAUCAUUGCUGAAAUCAUAUAGUAAUCUGGAUGAUUGUAAAGGUGUCAUAGAAUUGUGGAAAAAAAUGAAAAAUGAAGGAAUCAAACCAUCUGCAAAAUUUGAUAAACAUUUUUCAACAUUUUUAUUACUACAUAAAAUACAAAUACCGAGUACGUUAAUUACUCGUAAGGAAUUUUUGAGUUGAAAUUAUUUAAACAGUGAGUUUUUUUACUGUGAGUACAUCUAGUAAAUAUAUAAAUUUUUACCAUGGUAUUAAAAAUUGCAUUCAAAUCUACUUGUUAUUAAAAAUAAAAUUUUAUAAUAUGUAUGAUGAAGGUUGAAAUACUUUCUAGAUAUAUCUAGUCAGUCUAAAACUUUUGAGAUCAUUUUUUCUCAAAAAUUAUCUUCUUGUAUAUUUGCAGAUAAAUGAAAUAUUCAAAUAUUUCAUUAACAUGUAAAUAAAAAAUAGCCAUCCAAUGGAAUAC